AUGAACUUUGGCCGGGGGGGCCCGUCGGUGGUGGUGUUGAACGUGGGGGGCACCCGCUACUCGUUCUCCCGGGAGGUGCUGAAGGACUUCCCCCUGCGCCGCCUGAGCCGCCUGCACGGCUGCCUGUCGGAGCAGGACGUGCUGGAGGUCUGCGACGACUACGACCGCGAGCGCAACGAGUACUUCUUCGACCGCCACUCGGAAGCCUUCGGCUUCAUCAUGCUCUACGUGCGCUACGGCCACCUGCGCUUCGUGCCCCACAUGUGCGAGCUCUCCUUCUACAACGAGAUGAUCUACUGGGGCCUCGAGGCGUCGCACCUCGACUACUGCUGCCAGCGCCGCCUCGACGACCGCAUGUCCGACACCUACACCUCCUACUCGGCCGACGACCUGCAGGCCGCCGAGCCCGCCGCCGGGGCGGCCUGGGGCAGCGGCAGCACCACCGCCAGCAGCAGCCGAGGCGGUGCCGGCGCCGAAGCCGGGGAGGGCGGCGGCCGCGCAGCGCCCCCGCCCGGCGCCGAGAAGAAGUGGCUGGAGAGGAUGAGGAGGACUUUCGAGGAGCCCACCUCUUCCUUGGCCGCGCAGAUCCUGGCCACCGUCUCCAUCCUCUUCGUCAUCGUCUCCAUGGUGGUGCUCUGCGCCAGCACCAUGCCCGAGUGGCGGGCGGCCGAGAACCGAAGCAUGGAGGAGCAAAGCAGGUACACAGCAGACUCACUCAGGGAGCCUUCAGGGUAG